GUCAAUUAUUUUGUUUAAUUCUUGUGAUUAUUGUAUUAUUAAUUUUUAGUUAACAAUUAUGGAUUUAGGAGAUACUCAACCUGGUCAAAUACAUGUACGUGAUGAAAUUGGCGUUCAGUGUCAAAAAUUAUUUCAAGAUUUCUUACAAGAAUUCAAGGAAGAAGGUGAAAUAAAAUAUAGAAAAUUAACGGAGGAAUUAGUGAGUCCAGAAAGAAGUACUUUGGAAGUUUCCUUUGAAGAUGUAGAAAGUUACAAUCAAACUCUUUCUACGACUAUUAUCGAAGAAUAUUACAGAGUGUAUCCCUUUUUGUGUAAAGCAAUUGAAAAUUAUCUCAAAGAUUUGGUGAAAUUAAAAAAAGAAAAAGAAUGUUACGUGAGUCUUGUUGAUGUACCAACCAGACACAAAUUAAGAGAAUUAACAACAACGAAAAUUGGAACUUUAAUUCGUAUAUCAGGCCAGGUUGUACGAACUCAUCCAGUUCAUCCUGAAUUAAUUAGUGGCACUUUUGUUUGUGUCGAUUGUAAUGCAAUUAUUAAAAAUGUCGAACAGCAAUUUAAGUUUACGAAUCCGACGAUCUGUCAAAAUCCAGUUUGCAAUAAUCGUCGUCGUUUUAUGCUUGAUACGGACGCUUCACUUUUUGUUGAUUUUCAAAAAGUUCGUAUUCAAGAAACACAAGCUGAACUACCUAGAGGAUGUAUACCACGUUCAAUGGAAAUUAUUCUUCGAGGAGAAACUGUUGAAACAAUUCAAGCUGGCGACAGAUACGAUUUCACAGGAACGUUGAUUGUUGUACCUGAUGUUGGUGCACUUUCAUUUCCAGGAGCAAAAGCUGAAAUCACUGGUAACAACAAAAACUUUGACGAAGGCGAUGGUGUCAGGGGACUUAAAGCUCUUGGUGUUAGAGAUUUAAAUUAUAGAAUGGCUUUUCUUGCUUGCAGUAUCGCUGCAACUAGUCUUAGGUUUGGUGGCACAGAAAUGGCAAUGGAAGACAUUACUCAGGAGACUAUAAAAAAACAAAUGACAGAAUCUGAAUGGAAUAAAGUUUAUGAAAUGAGUCAUGACAGAAAUCUCUAUCAGAAUUUAGUUACAAGUUUAUUUCCCUCAAUUCAUGGCAAUGAGGAAGUUAAGAAAGGUAUUACUCUAAUGUUAUUUGGUGGUGUUCCAAAAACAACAGUGGAAAAAACAACACUGAGAGGCGAUAUCAAUUGUUGUAUUGUUGGCGAUCCCAGUACAGCGAAAUCACAACUUUUAAAACAAGUCGCUGAUAUAUCACCAAGAGCAAUUUAUACUUCCGGUAAAGCAUCAACAGCGGCGGGUUUAACUGCAGCUGUGGUAAGGGAUGAGGAAUCUUCUGAUUUUGUCAUUGAAGCCGGUGCAUUGAUGUUGGCUGACAAUGGAAUUUGUUGUAUUGACGAGUUCGAUAAAAUGGAUCCAAAAGAUCAAGUCGCCAUUCACGAGGCUAUGGAACAGCAAACUAUUUCUCUCGCCAAGGCCGGAGUCAGAGCGACUUUAAACGCUCGAACAUCGAUUCUCGCUGCUGCCAAUCCGAUUGGCGGUCGUUAUGAUAGACAAAAAUCUCUACAACAAAAUGUUCAAUUAACUGCGCCUAUUAUGUCUCGAUUUGAUCUCUUCUUCAUUUUGGUUGACGAAUGUAAUGAAUUGGUUGACAAUGCAAUUGCCAAAAAAAUUGUCGAUUUACACAGUAAUAUUACUGCCACCAUUGAUACGCCUUAUACACAGGAAGAAAUUCUUCGUUAUAUUAAUUUUGCAAAGCACUUUAAACCAAUCAUCAGCAAGGAAGCGGGUGAACUCUUGGUUAAGACUUAUACAGUACUCAGACAACGAGAAGGACUUAGUUCAGGAAAAUCUACCUGGAGAGUUACUGUACGUCAAUUAGAGAGCUUGAUUCGAUUGUCCGAGGCUUUUGCUAAAUUGGAAUGUAUGGAUGACGUCACUGUGAAACACGUAGAGGAAGCUCGUCGACUUUUGAGCAAAAGUAUUGUCCGUGUAGAACAACCAGACAUUGAUCUUGAAAAUGAAAGAGAAGAAGAGCCAAUGAAUGUUGAUCCAUCAACAGAACAAGAAAAUGGUGUUCAUGACGAUCAAGAGAAUGAUAAUCAACCAGAACCGCCAAAGAAGAAAAUAACACUGUCGUACGAGGAUUAUAAGAGAAUUUCAAAUAUAUUGAUUCUUCAUAUGAAACGAAUUGAAGAAGAAGGUCACGGUAUCAAGAGAUCGGAAUUGGUUCUUUGGUAUAUUGAUCAGGUACAGGAAGAACUUGAAACUGAAGAAGAUAUAUUGAGCCGAAAGGCGUUAAUUGAAAAAAUCAUUGAUAGAUUGACCUACACUGAUCAAAUUAUCAUUCCGUUGCGAGAAGGUGAAUUAAAAGGCAAAGGAAAAGAAAAAGAAAGCGACGAUGCUGAUGAUGAAAACGAUAAAGAGCUUGUUGUACAUCCUAAUUAUUGUGUAGAUAUGUAAAAUUUCUUAAAUAAUAUUUGAACUAGAUCUGAAGCGUAAAAGACAAUGAAAUUCUCAAUCAUCAGUUCAUUUAUUAUUCAAAAUUUCGAAAAGUAAUCAGAAAUGCGUCGAUGUUUUUUGUGAACAUAUUUUAUACUAUUUUUAUAUACAAGACGACAAAAAAAAAUCGUUCGACAAAUAUUUCAAGAAAAACUGAUUCUUGAAUAUUUAUUAUAACAAUUUGUUAAACGGUAUUUUUUUCAGUAAAUUAAAGACUCACAUUUUU